CACUCAAUCAAUAAAUCAGGUAGCGGAGUGUUUUCCAAUUCCUGGUAGUAACUCACCAAUUUCGUGAAGAGAACAGACUUACCUGUCCUCUCCAAACGUACUAAAAUGGAAUACACCGCGGAUAUGUUGAAGGAUCUCCUUCGCCUCCCCGAAGGCCAGGUCUUCAGCGCUGACGAAGACCUCAGCCGAUUCUAUCGUCAGUGGGGUUUCACGAUUUAUCGUACGGCGUACGGGGAAACUACGAACGAUUUGUGGGACUCACUCUCGCAGGAUAUUAGGUCUCGUGUGAGAGAUCAAAUCCUAGGGUCGGACACUGCUGGCGACAAUGCGGAAGCACAACGAUUGUGGUCGUUGUUUGUCUUGGAUGUGCGUGACGACCCCGGGAAUCUGAGCGGCGCUACGAUGGAUCAAGUACGCCUGGCGUUUAGGGAGGAAGUUGGGGGUCGGCCGAUGAAUGUGGACGAUGGCCCGCGACGGAUUUUCCUCUACGUCGAUGAGGAGGUCAUGGAAUUCGUGGGUAGGGGAGAGCUUAUGGUGAAAUGCGUUCAGGCGGAUUACCGGGCGGAGGAUUAUGUACCUAGAAAUCCCCGUCUGGGAGGACAGAGGUUCUUUGGGUGGAUGAAGGCUACGACGAAGAGCCUACUAUCGCUGUGGUACACUCUCAGCAUGCGCAACUUUGACGAGAUUGCUCCCGAGACAAUUGGCGGGGCGCAUUUGGUCAUCUGGGACGGUGAUAAUUUGAUCUAAGCAAAGACUACGAUCAAAAUCAAGAGAAAUGAAAAUAACUAGUAACAAUUCCC